AUGUCUAACAACGCAUGCUGUUCUUGCUGUCAAUUUAGUCGCAGAGAGUUUCGGAGCUGGUUGCGGCCUGUGGUGAUAUCAAUUUACUUUGUAAUCCUGUGUGUUGCUCUUCCACUAACUGUUUGGGAAUUGCACAAAAAUCGUGCUCAAACUCAUGUUCAGGCAUGGUUUGUCGCAGGAUGUUUUGUGUUCUUGACAAUUCCUAUUUCUCUCUGGGGAAUUCUCCAACAUUUAGUGAACUAUACCAAACCAGAGUUACAAAGACGGAUUGUCAGGUAAAAACUACAGUAGGUCCAAGACAUACUCGGAUUCAGUUUCACAGGUCAAGAUGUGCAACUACAGGGGAAACAAGGUGUCUCCUCUCACAUCCGCAAAGCCUUUUUCAAACUUCACUCUCCACAUGUGCCAAAUCUAAUGCACAUAAAUUAGAGCAUUCGAUUUUCCUCAUAAGCAUUACAUUUGUAGCGACUCAGCUGGCCCAUGCUUGGUCCAGACCAUUUGUGUAGUCCGUCUGCAAAUUAGUGCACAAGAGCUCGUUCUGAUAUCCAGCAGAGUUGCAUGGAUAUAUGUGAGCGUUUCUGAUAGUCAGGUUUCUUACGAGUUUCUUAUGCACCUCACAAUUGGCCCAAUUCUUAAGUGUGCAUGACAGUUGGGCACAGCGGUAAGGAGCAUUUACAGUAAACAAUGAAAUGGCAGUUCAAACUUGAAAACGUUCUUCUGAACACAAAAAAAUGCUUUGAGGGAAUUGCUUUGAGGCCAAAUACGUUUGUAAAUUUGCCGACUGGUUUUCCAGCGUCUUCCAAUUGCUACAGAUGCAUUGCUGUGUAUUCUGCAAUUUAGCCAACAGUUCUAGCGUCGAACCAAAUUAGAAAAUCAUGAUCUAUUCUUUGAUGUAAAAGCUACUCACAUGUAACUAUUCAGGUGCAGGUGUUUCAGAGAAAACCAACAAAACAAAGGUGAUUUAGCAGCGAUAAAAAGCUCAAGGCUUUAACAGAGAAAAAAGGAAACUAUUUUUAUGGUAUAAACUGCAUCUGUGAUAAAAUCCUGUCAGAAAACACGUUCAGAAACAUAAACAACAGGAACUAGUUACUCAAUAUGCAUGGAACAGACAGCAUUAUAACCUCAAAAUGUGUGAUUCGAAGCACCAAAAAUAAGACUUGUUCUACCUCAGUCACAGUUCAUAAUACCCAUGCACUGCAUGACUAUGUAAUUAAUUUCAAAAGUUUUAAGGCGCAAAACUAUAUAAAUAUAUUCAAAUAAAUUAUAAAAGAGAACGCAUAUUUUCUGACAAGUGCAACCAAUACUGACAUAGAUGUAUUAAGAGUAUUUUGUUUGUCUCAACAGAAUUCUUUGGAUGGUUCCCAUUUAUGCAACAGAUAGUGUAGGUAGAUGAUUUUUUUAUGUUUUCAUGAAAAUUAAUUUCAAAGGAAGGAUGAAAAAAAUAGAAAUAGUUUUAUAUAACCCAAGAGUUGUGAUCAAGUUGUCCACAACAGCCCCAGGCUACUUCUUAACUGUCAAUUGAGGGAUAAAAGGUCACUUAAGUUACUCUGGGCUACAUUUUGAGUGGAAGCCUUUAUCCCUCUAUGUGUAAGGAAGGUCAAGGUAUGCAAAAACUGAAUAGGGCCUGCAAAGCUGAAGCUAAUGAGCUUGUAUAAUAAUUUUGGUUGCAAGAAGCACUUACUAGGAAUAUCGAUACUCCCCCCUGGACUGAAUGCUCGUCCAUUCCAGGGUUACCCCAGCUAUAUGUCACUGGUACUUAUUUAUACGACUAGGUUAAGAGAGACAAAGUGGAACAAAGUUUCUUGGCUUGAAGCAGAAAACCACAAUGACAAGGCUUGAUCGUUCAACUACCUUUCGAUCUACUGAUCAUUCGGUGUUAGUUGUUCAACUACCUUGUUCCUAGAGUUCUAGUACAGUCAACUCUCUCAUAGCGACCACUUCUCAUGAGCAACCACCUCCUAGAAGUGACCACUUUCUCAGUUAAAUACUGUUUCAAAAACUCUCUUGUAAGGGACGACUUUUUUUGGUCAGAAAUUUGACUUAUUCUUCUGUUUUCUGUUUCCUAUAAGAGACCACCUGGCAUGACUGCAACAUUGCUAAAUAAGUGAAAUUUUUCUUAUUGUUUUGGUUGAAUCUCAUUCAAUCUUGGCCUUGUACAUUUGCAGUGCAUAACGAAAAAACCUUUGUUCCUGCUUUUUUAAAAGGCUAUAUUGAUCACCUAUUUGAUAACCUUCAGUCUGGAAAAAGAAAUUAUUGUUUUGGAAAACGGUCUGGAAAAAGUCUUGAAUGUUGGAUCAUAAAAUCUGUAUGAACCCUGCCCUUUGGUGUGCUUCAAGGCAAGGGUGGUCACUUUGGAGAGAGUUGACUGCUAGGUGCCUAUUACCCCACCCUAGGCCCUAUUCCAGACUCUAACUCUCCUUACUAGGUUACAGUCAAUCAUAUCACGCCCAGGAUAGGGGUGAAAGGGGUGUCGGCCAAUGGAUUUCCAAGUUAGGAUUUCUCCACCCCUUUUCUUGAUUAUACAGUAAAGCUUGCCUUGAUGGUCCUUGAACAUAAGAUAAAAACUGUUAAAAUAAAUAGUGUAUGCUUGCUUGGCCCCAAUAAAUGGCCUCUUAAUUUUACUGACUGGCACAUCUUUUGUGUUUCAGUGGCUCGCUCUUCGUUUUCCUAAGGCAGCUAUUUACUUGGAUUCUCUUAGAGAGUGCUAUGAAGCUUAUGUGAUUUACAAUUUUAUGACAUUUCUGCUGGCAUACCUUUCCUCUGAAUAUGCCUUUGAAGUGGUUUUGUCUGACAAGCCUCAAGUCAAACACUUCUUUCCUUGCUGUACCUUACCCCCCUGGAGGAUGGGCAAGUAUGGGGUCACGUAGUACUAUCAAUAUCCAUAAUCUAAACACUGCUUCUUAUGAAUUUCCUAUAAUAUGGCAUCAAUGAAGAGAAUAAUUCUUUUCACAGAAGUGACCUGAUUUAACAAAGUAGUUAUUGUCGUGUUAAAUCAGGUCACUUCUUUGAAAAGGUUGCACUAAAUGGUUACACAGUCAUGUGAUUCCAUAGAAGAUGCAUGCACAGGCUAGGGUGCAAAGGCAGUCAUUUUUUACAGCUUGCCAUUCGGGCAAGCUGAAGCUGGCAUUUACUAGCCCAAAUGUCAUUUCAACUGGCCCCCAAAAUUUUUUGAUGACCAGAAAAUGAUUUCACAGUUCUUCUGUAAGUUAAAGUUCCUCAAAAUACUUCACUUGCCCGUUGGGUACUGAGUUAAGAACUCAAUUCACUAGCCCGAUAGCAAAAUCCACUAGCCCCAGGCUAUCGGACACUACUUUCUUUGCAUGCUGAUGCAGGCCUGUUGAGAUAUCUUCAUUUUGCUGAACUGUAUGAGAUAUAGGAGUGGGAGGUGACAUCAUUAAUCCCAUUUUUAAAGUAUUAAAAUUUUAACAUUACUUUGAGGCUUUAGGGCUAAAAUUGCAAAUUUUUAUGACUCCAUUGUCUCGCAAUUCCCAGAAGAGACUUGAGCACAAAGAAAACCAAACCAAAUAUAGAAAAAUGAGCAGAAAGCCUCGGACUCAUUUAGACUUUUAAUACAGUAUAUCAAACAUGGGCUAUUCUCCCGUGGAACAGUAACCUAGUACACUGAGCUCACAGAAACUAACGCAAAAUCAGCUAUUACAAUGUAGCUGAGGAGAGUUACUGUAUCAGACCACACAGUGUGGGAUUUUUUGUUUGUUUGUUUUGUUUUGUUUUGUUUUCUUUGUUGUUUUUUUUUUUCAUGAAAGACUUUCAUCCACACACCCUGUCCAUGAGUUUACUUCGUUUGGAGUAAUGUCAAAAUGACACUUCUGCUCUUUUUCCAUCUAACGUUUAAUAAUUGUUUUUUGUAGGACAUUAAUAAGCAGGUGCAAGCAAGGCGCAUUGUCUUACACAGUUGUAAGAAUCAUCACCACAGUCAUUGCUUUGUAAGUAUGUUUAUUAUACGAGUAAUAACCAAAGGUUAUGAAGUACGGACGAGGGCAAGGGUCAAAAUUCUUUUACUCCAACACUGUGCUUUGUAUAAAAUUCCCGUUAUGGAUGGUCAAAACAUGCAUAAUUAGAUGAUGAGAGAUGGAAGGUCCAAACCUGCGUUAGAUUAGACGGCAUACUGUGCAUUCCAUUCAUUCUUAGUAGAAGUCUAAAUGAAGCUGGCUAUAUAUGUGUAAGCCAUGCAUGCGUAAUAGCAACCUGGAGAUUAUGAUUGCGCAGACCUUGUCACCCGCAAUUAACAUCAACAAAAUUCUUAGUGAGCUUUAACGUGAGAUCAUGAUAUCUUCACAUAUGACAAUAAUAAGUUAUCAGCUUCACCAGGAAAAGAUGUUGUUGGAAAAGAUAAUGUUAAGCUCCAAUAUCUACGUAAUAUACAAAUUCUCCAUUCUGCUGAUCUACACAGAUUUCUUGUAGAAUUAGUGGGGAGAAUUUUUCCAAAGAUUGAGGCAUUUUUCCCUUUAGAAAUCAUUUUGUUUAUUCUCAUAGCUUUUUCUCUAGAAUGUGUAUCAAUAUUUUAGGAGAAAAUUGAUGUUGGUUACUCUUGGAUCUUUAAGGUUUAACAAAUAAAUUGUGCUUGUCACAGCCAAAAAAUCUUUUUUAAGUGAAGUGGAUUGAUAUUUCAUUGGUGUUAAAUUGACAAAUAGAAUGUUACUUGUACAUGGCCAGUUGAAGACUGAAUUUCUCUUCUUGUGUUGAAAAGCGAAAUUUUUAUCUUUGUAUGACCAUGACUUGUAAUAUCCUCCGUAUAUUCAUAGCAUGCUUGUCUUGAAGCGUAAAUUAAAAUGAAUCCCUUGAAGCUAAAUAAAUGCACAUACAGCUGUACAUGAAACAGGGUGAAUGUCAAAAAACUGUUUUCAAAUUAAUUUUUUGUAGUUUCAAAAACUAAGUACUAGAAGUGUGACAAUAAUUCAGAUACCCCUUUUGUGAAAUAUAAUAUUAUUAAUUAAGCUCCAUUUAAAGGAAAUAUACAUUUUGUUAACCAAUUUUUUUCGUUGUUGUUAAUUUGAUUUUACUCCCCUUCUGUUGUUUAAGAAAAGUAUAUCCAAAAGCCAGGUUAAUUUAGCCCUAUUUAAUAUGCCACUCUUUCAAGGCUCUCUCUUUAACUAGUUAAGUAAGUGCUACAUUUUAACCUUUGCUUUUGUAUUUUGUAAUGUGUAUUCUAUUAGUAUGAAAGAAGGGAAAUAGAAAAAUUGAAUAAAUUGUAGUUUACCCGUGGAUAGAGACUAUUUGAAGACUUGCAAUACCUACAUCCUUGUGCUUUUCCUUGUUCAUAUCCAUCCCAAGGAAAAAGUCAUCAUGAUUAUCAUAUUAACCCAACUUUAUCACUGUCUUUAAUUACAUUUCUCUUUUCUUUGCCUAUUUUAGCUGCACUGAAUUGGCUGGAAAGUAUGAUGAAGGAAAUUUAAGCUUUAAAUCAGCAUGGAGUUACAUUGUAGUCAUCAACAACUGUUCUCAAGUGGUAUGACUGUAGCAGGUUUAAAUUUUGAUCCAGUUUCAUGUGUGCUUGUUUUAUAUAGACAUCGUGAUGUUAGAGUCGAUGCAUACAGUGGAAAUAAUGGGUGAAAAGGGAUGUGAAUUCCCUCAGCCUGUUGUAUUUUAUUAUCACCCCAAUCUGCAAUAAAUUGCACAGAAAUAAAAUCUAAACUUGCACAUAUCUCCAAAAAGAAUUUAAAAAACACAAAAAUUAGUUUACAUUAGUUUUUCCUCCCCUGUCCUGUUAUUACGGUAUCCUGUGUGGGAGGCACUGGUUAAUUUUUUUUGUAUAUGUAUAGUUGUUGCAGAGCGUGCUAGGGGAACACCUUUCCCCUUGAGAACGUGCAUAUCCUCAAAAUUUAUCACAUCGCCCUAAACAACAGGCCCCUGCUAUGCGGGCUAUCAUUAUGGUUCAGUUUGUACUUAAGGCAAUAAUUCCACCUGUGUUAGUUUUGUUUGACUUCAACACUUCUGUGGUAAAACAACAAUAAUAAAAGCUACAACAAUAAUGAAAAUGCAAGGAAAUUGUUGAGAGACAUGUUGGCAUCAAUUUACUAAGUAUAUGCUAGCUAAGAUUGUUAAGAUUGCAUCCCCAAAAUGUUGUAAGGCUACUCCUUAAGCAGUGUCUGCACUUGUUACAUGUAAGUUUGAUGUGCUUGACUAGAUAAUUUUCUUCUGACUUGUACUUCAUUUUUGAACUUUAUUCUUGUAAUGGGGUAAGGGUCUAGCCUGAUUCUCAGACGUCCGAGCUCAUUCAUGGUCCCUUUUGCUUCGGGAGAGGGAGAGAAGCAAAAGGGACAGCGAACGACCUCAGACGUCUGAGAAUCAGGCUAGUGAAGGUCUAGCUCGAUAGUUUUUUUCUCUCUUUCUUCUGUUUAUGGGGGGGGAUUUUUUUUUUUUUUAUGUAUUGUUUUGUGGUGGGAGAGGUUGUUGUCGUUUUUCAGGAGGUCCGGGUUAUUUUCGUGGCCUUUUGGGUUGGGGGGGGGGGAAAAAAAAAAAGGGAGAGGAAACCCCCCAGGAGUUUGGAAAACUGGGUGAGGGAGUGUUUAGUUGUAUUUUUUUUUUUUUUUUUUUUUUUUUUUUGGGGGGGGGGGGGGGUGGCUUUGGGUAGUUUUACCUUGUAGGGGACUACCUUGUAUAUGGUAUGUCUCUAAAUCAUUGUAAAUAUAUAAAAGAACAAUUUAACUAAGUUUAUUAUAUAAACACCCAUGAAAUACCAGGUGAGCUUUGGCCCGAAAACAUGAUAUCUUUACACGUGAAAAUAAAAUGUUUAUGUUAUUUUCACUUGUGAAAGGAUCACCGUUGCUAUGGGCACAUACAUCAUGCCUUUCACAACAAAAAACUAUUAAAAGAAAUGGUUGGGUAUUUCAUUGGUGUUUAUAUAGUACAUAGAACAUUACAUGGUCGCUAGAAGAUACAAAAGUUCUCUUCAAGUGUUGAAAACUAUUUCGCAAGUGAGUACAGUGAAUGAGUGAUAUAUUUCUUCAACACUUGAAGAGAAAUUUUGUAUCUCCACUUGGUCAUGUACAGAUGUAAUAUCCUCUAUAUUUGCUAGCUAGAUUUUCAUACUAGAACAAAAUUCUUGCUUUGGUUUCAGUGGGCUAUGUAUUGUUUGGUGCUGUUUUACAAGGCUGCUCAUGAGGAACUCAAACCAAUAAAGCCAUUUGGAAAAUUUUUGUGCAUUAAACUUGUUGUUUUUGCAUCUUUCUGGUGAGUGGGCUUUUCAGAUUACCAUACUUCCUCGAAUAGUAGCUGUCCCUCGAUUAAUCGCCUUCCUUGAAUAAUCGCCCCCUUUAGACGGAUAUAUUUAUAAUAAUCACCUCCCUUGAAUAAUUGCCCCCCCCCCACCCCUCUUGUCUUCUUCUCUUUCUUUUAUCCCCUCCCUGCCAAGUUAAAGUAUAGAGUCUGAUCAGUGUCAAUUCAAGCUCUAAUGCCAAGGAUACUGACAUUGAAAAUUAAUCAAGGAACCAAAUUUACAAAGCCUUACAAAGCCCAUAUGUGAUGGUGGCCUUUCCCCUUCUUUCCCCUCCAAACAAGUUACGGAGGGGAGGCAGUGGCCUGGUGGCCUUUCCCCUUCUUUCCCCUCCAAAUAAGUUACGGGGGGGAGGCAGUGGCAUGGUGGUCUUUCCCCUUCUUUCUCCUCCCCAUACUACCUUCCCACUCACUUCGUACGCCGAUUUUUUUCUUCUUUUUCCCCCAAGGCGGACCCUGGUCCCAGGCUACCUGGCAUGUAAACAAUAAGCCAACAGAAAAGACGUAUUUUCACACCAUAACUUUUCAAGAGGACACACAUCUUUAUUCCCAUUAUGUUUUUGCUUGUUAUGUUUAAGUUAUUAUUGUGUCGUUAUUAGCAUUUUGAUCAUUCAAGGAAAGACAUGACUGAGCUAAAAUUUCUCUGGGGGGGGUCAAAAAGAGCAGCCACAUUUACAAAUUUAUUUUGAGCCCUGCGUGACGGCUAUGUGCAAUUGGUCCAACAGAAAAAAAAUGUAUUUAGUGCUGAUGUUGAUCUUUGAAAUUUCAUUAGCAAUGCACAUACUGGUAAUUAAAGUAGAUUGUACUUCCUUAUAAUUUAUUUCUUUUACGAAAAGGAUAUUACCAAUUUAUAUCUUAAUGAGUUAUAGUGACUUAAGUGAACAGAUCAUAUCAUCAAUAUUCAAUAAUAAAAAUUAUCAUUUAUAUCACCAGGCAAGGUGUUUUGAUUGCCAUUCUUGUCAAGGUAUGUGUUUUUUUUGUUUGUUUGUUUGUUUGUGGUCUCCUUUGAACUUGUGAAUAACUCACACUGCUGAUGCCUGAUUUUGCAUUUUUGUUCACUCAAUACUAUAGCAGUUAUUGAAUGAGACUGAGUAGGAUGUGAAGAAUUAUGCAGAUCGAGGAGAAUGUUCCCCUCGGUGAUAACAGCCUCAAUAUGGUAUAAUUAUUGCUUGCAUCUUCCAAAUUUGGUCAAUGCUGGUUGGUUCUGAAGAAUUAGCCAGGGGAUUUUAGCAAAUCAGAAACCGCGAAAUAUUUUGAAUGAACAGUAAUUUAUGCCAUGAAAUGUCAUGGAUGAGAAGACAAAAUUACAUGUCCUCUUUUUGGAAUUUCAUGCUUAUUAAAUCCUCCAAACUAUAACUAUUUCCAGUUGCUGACCAGCACAUAUCAUUGUGGAUAAGAUUGGCGUGAUAAUCAAUUUAAACACACUGAGAGUAGAGCCUCCUUUUGCUCUGCUUGAAUCGUAUCAAGCCUUUGAAGUUGCCAAAGCCCAAAUCUCUGGACUAGUCAAUCUUGUUUUCACUCGUCAGACUGGUCUUAGCCUGUUAACAAGCUCUUCAUGGCACUCCAGCGGCCAAAAAGCUGGCUCCAAGGGACUUUGUACCAAGCACAGGCUAAUAGGCCUGGGUUUGAAACUGUAUCUCAGCAACAAGCAGCACAUGUUCAACAAAGAUCUUACUUGAUUCAUGCAGGGUCCUUCUUGAACAUGCCAAAAUCUAGCAAGUUGAAGAAAGUCUCUGUUAUAUUAUGGAUACAAAGUUGGUUUACAGCCAGGAACCCAAAAGUGUGACCUCCUUUAAUUAACUGACAUUCUUUCAUGCAGACAUGAACCAAUCAGAAGUCGAGGACAGUUUCCAGCUGGUUUCUGAUUGGAUUAAAUCUGUACAAAAGAAUUUGAAUAAAUAAAAAGCGGUCACACUUUUGGGCUCCUUACUGUAAAAACUGGAUCAAUUUAGGUUUCUGGGAAACUACCCACCUACCCCACCCCUAAGCCAACAUUUUGCCCUAAGUAAGAAGUAAGGUCUAAUGUUAGCGCCCACCUACCCCUCCUCUAAGCCAACACUUUGCCCUAAGUGAAAAGUAAGGUCUAAUGUUAGCUUAGGGGAGGGGUACGUCGGUUAAAAACUUGUACUCAUAUUUAAUAGACUCCUGCUGAUACAGUGAUUUAAUCUAAAGAUCCCUGUUAUCUUCUAGGUGGGAAUAAUAUCAGCAAACCAUACGUGGAGCUUUUACACUGUGGAGGAUGUUGCCAAUGGUAUUCAGGUGAGAAUAGGAUUUUCGGCCACUCGCUAAUUCACCUCAGAUCUGUCUAAAACUGCAUCAGCGGGCAAAGAAUUCAAAGUGGUGUCCGAUAGCCCGGGGCUGGUGGAUUUUGCUACUGGGUUAGUGAAUUCUUUUCUCAACUUGCCCAACGUGCAGGCAAGGUUUUUGGGGGAAUUCACUGUAAUCAAUCCUGCUCAUGGAAAAAUUUUUUUGGGCCAUAUGAAGUAACUCUUGGGCUAGUACAUUCUAACUACAGCUUGCCCAAAUGGCAAGCUGUAAAACUGAUUUUCUUUGCACCCUGCUAUAUACUUACUGGCUGGUGAAAAGCUGUAUGGCCGGGCUGCCUAACUACGUGAUAAUUUUACUUCAUAUAUGCAUGUAAAACACAACACUUGCCCGCAAAAAAAGCUGGUCUAGUCAAGUAGUGAAGAGGCUAUGCGUAUAGCCGGGUUCUCUAGGUUAGCGGUCGUUUCGACAAAAGUGGAUUCAGUCAUAAGAAAGGUUUCACGUGCUUGGCUUAAAGAACAAGGCCGAGGAAUAUUCACCCCCAAGUAUUUUUUCUCGUUCACGCGCAAACUAUACUUGAUCGAAAAUGUUGCGCAGUUUCACUGCUCAUGACUGCUUGAGUUCGUAUCGAAACGACUUGUAUAGAAAUGACUUUGUUUUUAAACGCUUGGUUCCUUUAGCCGCACCGUCUCAUCAAAAAGGUACGGCUACACAGAGGCUAGUAGUGACUGACAUUAUUAAUCACUACUGAUGGUCAACAGAAAGACAACGAUUAACUAAUUUUAAAAAUUACCGUACAGGUGUUAGAAUACCACUUAAGAAUUUGUACUCUCGUAUGCAGUUAAGACCACGUUUUACUGGCCCGGCCAAGCAAACGUCCAGUCAUCUCCUUGUUUUACAAGCUUGUUAACCCCAUAAGCCUAAUAUCCAGAUACCAAUUUUCCUGAGUGAUCUCCUUGCAUUUUUUUAAAUAGAGAGCUUUAGAUUUGAGGACGAGAACGAGUACGAGUACGAGAUUUAACUAAAAGUUUUUACGCAUGUUCUAUAAAAAAAGGUACCCCGGAAAGCUUCAUUUUACUUUUUUCCACCAAAAAAGUUAGUACGGUUAUUUAUGCUGAAACAGGUUAAGCCCUCUCCCGGUAGCAAAAUAAUAUAACUCUUACACUUCUUUCCGCAACUACGACAUUCUCGCAAUGGCGACGUCUAUCACGUUUUCCCGCCAAAAUGACGCUGGUUCACGCGUGAGCAAUACUCAGUAUUGAGGAAAUCUCGUACUCGUAGUUACCCUGGGUACCAGAGGUUUUUCUCGCGUGCGGCGGGUAUUUUUCGCGCUAGAAAAGUCUCUCUAACUCGUAUUCGUCCUCGUCUCAGAAUCUAAAGUUCUCUAAUAAUUUGUUGAAAGAGUUUGUUAAAAGAUCAAAGCAUUUUCCCUUCGUGAUCAUUUUAUGAAUUCCCAUUACUUUUUCUCUUAAGUUUAUUAUGUCGGUUACUCUUGGGCCUUAGAAGGUAAAUACGACCACCACGUUAUUUUCGUUACCAUUUUACCCCUUUCACACAACCCCUUGAAUUCUUUAUGUUAAUACUAGGCUUUCUAAAAGUCCUUGCUUUUUGUGGGCGCAAAAUUCACCGGUAACCUGCGUGGCAGUCGCAAAAAGGGGAGGAAAACGGGGAGAGGGAGAAAAGCGCAACCCCCCUCACUUUCUCACUUCCUCCCAAACCCCUUUUCUCUUUCGACGCCUGUUCCACCGGUGACGUCAGGAUGACGUAAGCUGCUGAUAUUUGACAGCACUCUCGACAAAACAUAUGUCAAUCAUUUUUCCCGCGAGAAUUUAUAAUAUGAUUCAAAUCCCUUCAGGCUAAUCAAGUCGACGUCGCGACUUCGUCGCCCGCUCAGUCGCUGCGCGACCUUAUUGAAGCUCGCUUCGCUCGCUUUCAAGAACUUAAAAGAACAAGUCUAUGCUAGUACAUGUUACAAAAGCAAUCGAUCUGGCAAACAGUAAUACUUUGUAAUAUUAAGUAACAAGUAAUACUUGACUGGACCAUUUCCUCCUUUUCUAGCUUUGACACUGGAAAAUACCUAUCCCUUUUUUUUUUUCUCUUCGACAUUUUUGUGUUCCUAGUAAAAAACGUUUCUAAAUCAAAAGUCUCUGAUGUCCAUACCCUAUCCCACACGCCGUGGCCUGAGUAUCACUGAGAAAUUUCAAGGGGGGGGGGGGGGGGGGGAAAGGGGGAGAGGGAAGGGGGGAAACCCAGGGGAAAAACCCCCCACCCCUUUAACAAAAACCAAACCCAAGGGGGGGGGGCACAAAACGUUUUUUCAAUGGGCGUUUUUUUUUCCCCCGGGGGAAAAACAUUUUGUGUGGGGCGGAUUUCCCCCAGGUAAAAAUUCCCCCGGNACUGGGCUCAAAGUUCGAAAUCACAGCAGCAUUUUGAGCGCUGCUGUGAACGUUUUUAUGUUUAAUAUAUUCAAAGCACCUUGAAACAGUGGAAAAUUUUCUUUACAAUAGUGUUUAAGAAUUCUUACCUUACCAAGUCGAAGCUGUUUCCCCAAGGGCAGCUUUGGGGAAAAGAUAUAAUGUAACCGCACCUUAUAUAGGCGUAUUACUAUAAACAAAACAAUGGCUGACUGGCUGAAAAUUCGCGCGUUCGCACGAAACCACUCUAGACGAACAAAAAUUUAGACAUGUAGCCGUUCCAAAAUUUGAGCUCGAAAACGAGGUCAAAUUUUUAGCUUGAACGUUUGAAAAUUUGACCGGCGUGGUGUGAACACCUUAACCGUCUAAAUUUCGAACGGCAAAGGCGUGGUUACAUGGAUAGGUGGUAACUCAACUGCAAGACACCAUUUUGGAUUUGCUAAAGUAGCGCUCUGCGCGUGGGCAGAUAGUAAAUCCACUGAAAGAAGUUGAAAUUUAACUCCGUUUGGUUCGGUCUUCUUCUUCCUUGGAAAUCACGAUGCGUCCACGAUUCUCUGGUAGGAAUCGCGGGCGCAUCGAGACUCGGGGAUCCAGUUUAUCUCCUCCCCUGAAGCAAGAGAGAGACCCUGGAAACGAAGUUGCUACUCGAAAUUAACUGUCUAUUUGUACGUCUUUGAUUACAAUAUUUGUCAGACGUAUUCUUAUUCUUUUCACAGAAUUUUGUUAUAUGCCUGGAGAUGUUCAUCUUUGCCAUUGCUCAUUACUACGUCUUCUCCCACAAACCCUAUGUGGAUCCAUUCUCACCCCCUCCUCCCUGCUGCGCCUCUUUUGCUUCCAUGUGGGAUGUUUCAGACGUGCGCGAUGACCUGCUGCAGCACGUGCAGAGCGUGGGAAGCACGGUGCGGGGGACAGUCGUGCGAAACAAACGCCGUGAAACCGCGGCCUCGGGAACGGCAAACAGUGAAGUAACCGCUUUACUGGAAAGUGAGAUUUGCGAAAACUUUUCCUCUGAUGAGGGCCCCAUUCUUGAUUGA